AUUUGAUGAAGUAAAUCACAUCAGCUGUCAACAUGGGACGGAGAUCAACAUCGUCCACCAAGAGUGGGAAGUUUAUGAACCCCACAGACCAAGCGCGAAAGGAAGCCCGGAAAAGAGAAUUGAAAAAGAACAAAAAACAGCGCAUGAUGGUACGAGCUGCGGUGCUAAAGAUGAAAGAUCCCAAACAGAUUAUCCGGGACAUGGAGAAACUGGAUGAAAUGGAGUUUAACCCAGUGCAACAGCCACAGUUAAAUGAGAAAGUACUAAAAGACAAGCGUAAAAAGCUGCGGGAAACUUUUGAACGAAUUCUACGACUUUAUGAAAAAGAAAAUCCAGAUAUUUACAAAGAAUUGCGAAAGCUGGAAGUAGAGUAUGAGCAGAAGCGCGCUCAACUGAGCCAGUACUUUGAUGCCGUCAAGAACGCUCAGCAUGUAGAAGUAGAGAGCAUCCCCUUGCCAGACAUGCCGCACGCUCCUUCCAACAUCUUGAUCCAGGACAUUCCACUUCCUGGUGCCCAGCCACCCUCCAUCCUUAAGAAAACCUCGGCAUAUGGGCCUCCAACUCGAGCAGUUUCUAUCCUUCCUCUCCUCGGACAUGGUGUUCCACGUUUGCCCCCUGGCAGAAAACCACCUGGCCCUCCACCUGGCCCACCACCUCCUCAAGUUCUGCAGAUGUAUGGCCGAAAAGUGGGCUUUGCUCUAGAUCUUCCCCCUCGGAGGCGAGAUGAAGACAUGUUGUAUAGUCCAGAACUUGCAGCUCAGCGGGGUCAUGACGAUGACGUGUCCAGCACCAGUGAAGACGAUGGCUAUCCUGAGGACAUGGACCAGGAGAAGCAUGAAGACAGCACUGAGGAGAGUGACACUGACAGAUCUGAUGCAGACAGUGAGGGGGAUGAGUUUGGGCACCGUGACGACAGUGAGCGAGACAACCCUGAGGAGAAGAAGUCAGGUCUGAGUGUCCGAUUCGCUGAUAUGCCUGGAAAAUCGAGGAAGAAGAAGAAGAACAUGAAGGAGCUGACGCCUCUUCAAGCCAUGAUGCUUCGAAUGGCAGGUCAGGAAAUCCCUGAGGAAGGACGAGAAGUGGAGGAAUUUUCAGAGGAGGAGGAGGAAGAUGACUCUGAUGACUCUGAAGCAGAGAAGCAGUCGCAAAAGCAGCAUAAAGAGGAUUCUCACCCCGAUGGCGCAUCUGCUGCCUCUUCACAGCAGCAGGCUCCUCCACAGUCUGUUCCUCCUUCUCAGAUACAAGCACCUCCCAUGCCAGGACCGCCGCCUCUUGGGCCACCGCCUGCCCCACCCUUACGGCCUCCUGGACCGCCUACAGGCCUUCCUCCAGGGCCACCUCCAGGGGCUCCUCCAUUCCUGAGACCACCUGGAAUGCCAGGAAUCCGAGGGCCUUUACCACGACUUUUGCCUCCAGGACCACCACCAGGCCGACCUCCUGGCCCUCCCCCAGGUCCACCUCCAGGUCUGCCCCCAGGUCCCCCUCCUCGAGGACCCCCACCAAGGCUACCUCCUCCUGCACCUCCAGGUAUCCCUCCUCCUCGUCCUGGCAUGAUGCGCCCACCCUUGGUGCCUCCUCUGGGACCUGCCCCACCUGGCCUGUUCCCACCAGCUCCCUUGCCCAACCCAGGGGUGUUAAGUGCCCCACCCAGCCUCAUUCAGCGACCGAAGGCGGAUGAUGCAAGUGCAGCUACCAUCGAGAAGAAAGCCACAGCAACCAUCAGUGCCAAGCCCCAGAUCACCAAUCCCAAGGCCGAGGUCACACGGUUUGUGCCCACUGCAUUGAGAGUGCGCCGGGAGAAUAAGGGGGCUACCGCUGUUCCCCAAAGAAGGUCAGAGGAUGACUCUGCUGUGCCUGUUGCCAAAGCAGCCCCCAGAUCUGGUCCUUCUGUUCCUGUCUCAGUACAAACUAAGGACGAUGUUUAUGAAGCGUUUAUGAAAGAGAUGGAAGGGCUACUGUGACGGUCUCGUGCCGGGACAGGCUUCUGUUCAGAGCACUGGUGUGUGGAACAAGAGGCUCUGUUUAAACUUAGGA